UAUGACAUUGCCUUGUAACCCGGAAGUUAAUAGAAUUAUUUUGGGUGGCGCGAAAACAGCUGAAAGCUAAAAUUGUUGUUGUUUUUGUUAAUGGCUGAGAAAGCACCCAGAGCCACAGAGCCAUUUCUCUAGCACUCUGGGACCCCCGAAAAGUUGUAGGAAGCUAGUUGUUGUGGCUGCUGCCUUCCCAGUCGCCAUGUGUGAAAAGAUAAAGAAGGUGAACAGCUGGCUCAGCGCGGUGUUUGGAGAUCAGCCGGUGCCACACUUUGAGGUCAACACCAGGACUGUGGACAUCCUGUACCAGCUGGCACAGUCCAGUGAAGCCCGGUGCAGGGACACAGCUCUCCUCACAGAAGACCUCAAGCAGAAAGCAUCAGAGUAUCAGGCUGAGGGUGCUCAUCUCCGUGAUGUUCUUUUACAAGGUGUAGGUCUGUCCUGUGCAAGCUUGUCAAAGCCUGCUGCCGACUACUUGUCUGCUUUAGUGGACACUGCAAUGGUACUUGGAGUCAGAGACACAUCACUGGGCAGCUUUAUGCCAGCAAUGAACAACCUCACCAACGAACUGCUGGAAAAAGAGAAGUCCAACAGGAGACUUGAGAGGGAACUCAGGGCCCUCAGAGAGAGACUUGGUGUGACUCUGGUGCUGCGGAGCAGUUUACAAGAGGAUAUCAACAAAACUAUCAAAUCGCAGUCAGUGGAGAGUGCCAAAGCGGAGGAGAGACUGCUCAACAUGGAUUUUGUGACGGCAAAGACUAAAGACCUCAGCAGCAGACGGGAGAGGGCAGAGGCUCAACUUGCAUCCAGGAACAUGGACAAGUCUAUCACCCACCAGGCUAUUGUGCAGCUUUCUGAGGAAGUCACCGCACUGAAACAAGAAAUAAUCCCUUUGAAAAAGAAACUGGAGCCUUACAUGGACUUAAGCCCGAGCCCAUCUCUUGCUCAAGUGAAAAUAGAAGAGGCAAAAAGAGAAUUGGCUGCAAUUGAUUCCCAACUUGAGAUGAAUAUGGAUUUCAAGUGAAGAUGUUUGUAAUGUUAAAAUGUUAUCUGUGUUGAACUGUAAAUUAUCUGUGUUUGAAGAAGAGUUAAGUAAUUGUUUGUAUGUA